CGGGAAGGCGCCUACCGGCCCACGGUCUUCAAGCCGGCCUUUAGCAGGGCCCCCCCACCCCCCGGGUCAGGAAGUGCCGAAAGAGGAAGAGAGUCGCCUGGCAGGAUGAGCGCACUGGGGGCUGGCCACAGUGCUGGGGGAAGCUGCGAUGAGGCCACAGCUCUGGGCCCAGCAGUGGCGCUGGGGACAGAAGAGGGGGAGCAGCUGGGAGCACUGAGGCAGAUGUGGCGCUACCGCUCCUGGGACGUGCCACAGAUCCCAGCUGAGGCACCCCGGACACAGAAAGCCAUCACCAAGGCGGGCCUUCCGCACCUGGCCCCACCGCCUCCUGCUUCUGGGGCCCCCUGCAGCGACUCAGAGAGGCAGAUCCGGAGCACUGUGGACUGGAGUGAGUCAGCGACGUAUGGGGAGCACAUCUGGUUCGAGACCAACGUGUCGGGGGACUUCUGCUAUGUUGGGGAGCAGUACUGUGUAGCCAAGAUGCUGCAGAAGUCAGUGUCCCGGAGAAAGUGUGCGGCCUGCAAGAUCGUGGUGCACACCCCCUGCAUCGAGCAACUGGAGAAGAUAAAUUUCCGCUGUAAGCCAUCCUUCCGUGAAUCAGGCUCCAGGAACGUCCGCGAGGGCUUCCAGCAGAAGUUCACCUUCCACAGCAAGGAGAUCGUGGCCAUCAGCUGUUCCUGGUGCAAACAAGCAUACCACAGCAAGGUGUCCUGCUUCAUGCUGCAGCAGAUCGAGGAGCCGUGCUCCCUGGGGGUCCACGCAGCCGUGGUCAUCCCGCCCACCUGGAUCCUCCGGGCCCGGAGGCCCCAGAACACCCUCAAAGCAAGCAAGAAGAAAAAGAGGGCCUCCUUCAAGAGGAAAUCUAGCAAGAAAGGGCCCGAGGAGGGCCGCUGGAGACCCUUCAUCAUCAGGCCCACCCCAUCCCCCCUCAUGAAGCCCCUGCUGGUGUUUGUGAACCCCAAGAGUGGGGGCAACCAGGGCGCCAAGAUCAUCCAGUCCUUCCUCUGGUAUCUCAAUCCCCGACAAGUCUUUGACCUGAGCCAGGGAGGGCCCAAGGAGGCACUGGAGAUGUACCGCAAAGUGCACAACUUGCGGAUCCUGGCGUGCGGGGGCGACGGCACGGUCGGCUGGAUUCUCUCCACCCUGGAUCAGCUGCGCUUAAAACCACCACCCCCUGUUGCCAUCUUGCCCCUGGGUACUGGCAACGACCUGGCCCGCACCCUCAACUGGGGCGGGGGCUACACAGAUGAACCUGUGUCCAAGAUCCUCUCCCACGUGGAGGAGGGGAAUGUGGUGCAGCUGGACCGCUGGGACCUUCACGCCGAGCCCAACCCUGAUGCAGGGUCCGAGGAGCGAGACGAGGGUGCCACCGACCGGUUGCCCCUGGAUGUCUUCAACAACUACUUCAGCCUGGGCUUUGAUGCCCACGUCACCCUGGAGUUUCAUGAGUCUCGAGAGGCCAACCCAGAGAAAUUCAACAGCCGCUUUCGGAAUAAGAUGUUCUAUGCCGGGACAGCCUUCUCCGACUUCCUGAUGGGCAGCUCCAAGGACUUGGCCAAGCACAUCCGAGUGGUGUGUGAUGGAACAGAUCUGACCCCCAAGAUUCAGGACCUGAAACCCCAGUGCAUCGUUUUCCUGAACAUCCCCAGGUACUGCGCGGGCACCAUGCCCUGGGGCCACCCUGGGGAGCACCACGACUUUGAGCCCCAGCGGCACGAUGACGGCUACCUCGAGGUCAUUGGCUUUACCAUGACGUCCUUGGCUGCGCUGCAGGUGGGCGGGCACGGUGAGCGGCUGACGCAGUGCCGUGAGGUGGUGCUUUCCACGUCCAAGGCCAUACCAGUGCAGGUGGAUGGCGAGCCCUGCAAGCUCGCAGCCUCACGCAUUCGCAUUGCUCUACGCAACCAGGCCACCAUGGUGCAGAAGGCCAAGCGGCGGAGCACUGCCCCCCUGCACAGCGACCAGCAGCCAGUGCCCGAGCAGCUGCAGGUCCAGGUGAGCAGAGUGAGCAUGCAUGACUACGAGGCCCUGCAUUACGACAAGGAGCAGCUCAAGGAGGCUUCUGUGCCGCUGGGCACUGUGGUGGUCCCAGGAGACAGUGACUUAGAGCUCUGCCGUGCCCACAUCGAGAGGCUCCAACAGGAGCCUGAUGGUGCUGAAGCUAAGUCCCCAGUGUGCCAGAGACUGUCCCCGAAGUGGUGCUUCCUAGAUGCCACCACCGCCAGCCGCUUCUACAGGAUCGACCGGGCCCAGGAGCACCUCAACUAUGUGACUGAGAUCGCACAGGACGAGAUUUACAUCUUAGACCCUGAGCUGCUGGGGGCAUCGGCCCGGCCUGACCUCCCGACCCCUACAUCCCCUCUCCCCACCUCACCCUGCUCACCCACGCCCCGGUCUCUGCAAGGGGAUGCUGCACCCACCCAAGGUGACGAGCUGAUCGAGGCUGCCAAGAGGAAUGACUUCUGUAAGGUACCGGCUCCGGGGCUCCAGCGUCUUCCCUGGCAGCCCCCUCCUCUGAGUUGGGCUGAGAGCUGACCCGUCCUGGCGCUGUUGUCUGCUAUCAUCUGGUCUUCUGCAGGGUCUCCACAGUGGUUGUCCCAG